UCUCUUGCAAAUCCUCUUCUCUCAAUGGAAUCUCCACCGGAAGGAUACAGAAGAAACGUUGGAAUAUGUCUUAUUAACUCAUCAAACGAAGUUUUUUGUGCAUCUAAACUCGAUAUCCCUAGCGCCUGGCAGAUGCCACAGGGUGGUAUCGAUGAAGGUGAAGAUCCAAGAGCUGCAGCAAUAAGAGAAUUAAGUGAAGAAACUGCAGUUAAAUCUGUUGAAGUACUUGCAGAGGUUCCGUACUGGUUAACUUACGAUUUCCCACUACCGCUUAGAGAAAAGCUAAACAAGCAGUGGGGAAAAGAUUAUAAAGGCCAAGCUCAAAAAUGGUUUCUUCUUAAACUCGUCGGCAAGGAUGAAGAAAUCAAUCUUCUAGGCGAUGGAACCAAAAAACCAGAGUUCGGAGAAUGGUCAUGGAUGACACCUGAACAAGUAGCUGAGCGUGUAGUGGUGUACAAGAAACAUGUGUAUGAAGAGGUUUUGAAGGUUUUUGCCCCCCACCUUCAAUUAAAAUCAGCAGAACCUCCCCGCCACCUUCAAUUAAAUUCCUCCGAAACUAAGUCAAAGCUUCUUAUCUGCUGA